UAAGCACCACAGAGAACAGAGAGGAAAAGCUGACGUAUUUUUAGCAUCUGGUCGGACUUUCUUUUUUUACCGUUACUCACUCAGUCUUUACGAAAUAACAGCUUACAAUUGGGUUAACGUAUUAGCAACACUUCUUCUAACGUUGGGAUAGCGACAGUUUUGCACUACCUGAUCAUCGACCCUAACGUGGAGGUGAAUUUCAUUCGGAAAUGGGCAGAUACAAGUGCCGAGUUAAAGUCAGUCGUGACAAUGGACUACCUAACAAACGAGAUACACCAGUAAAAACUGCGCUGUGCAGACGAGACAAGUGCAAGAGAAUUAUGCCCAACAAGCAUUAUGAAGCAAUUCCAGAGGAACCUGAAGUGGAGGGUGAGAAUGUCCCCACUGUCAAACUAACCAUGACUGGCGUUAAGCCUGUCCCCCGCAAAUCUGUGCUACGCUCCAGCAGCCCUGGAUUUGCUGAAAAUCCCAGAGGCAAAGCCGCCUCGCCUGCCGCACCAGCUAAUGCGAAAGUAAAUGGCUACCAAGGGUCACCAGCAGGUAACCCAACAAUUAAGGUGGCUCCCGAUGCAGAGGCUUUUAAAGGUGGUGAAAUACUAGUUAACGAAGAAGAGCAAAACUUAGCAGUGACUCCAGAAAGCAUCACAUCUUCUAGCAUGGAGUCAGACGAAACUUUAAGCUCAGAGGAAGACUGUUACUCCUCUGCUUCUAUGGACUCCAGCAGUCUUCCCUCCCCAGAGAUCUUCAGAAGAGAGAGCUAUGUGGAAACACUGACUUUCCCCAUUAAGGAUAAGCUGCUGGGUCUCCAUCUUGACAUUAAGAACUCCACCUUGCUGGAUGGGAGCCACGCUGAGAACAUCCACAUGUAUCAUCCCCCCAACCUUUCCACCAUCAUCGAUGCCUCUGCAAUUCUUGCUGAAAAGAACUGCGAGAUCAGAGGGCCUGAAGCUAAGACCAAAAUACCUAUGGACUCAUUUAAAUCAGACAAACCCUUCAAGUGGAAAACCCCGCCAAAAGUCACCAACCGAAGGCCCAUUUUGUGCAAGAAGAAGGUAUGGUUCAAAAGCCCUAUCAUUGCUGAGACCUUUAAAGGAAAAUGCAACCCGGCCGCCAGAGUAGGCCUAACUAUUGACGACAGCAGAGAGCCGGUCCAAACGUCCAGCCCAGCUGAGCAGAUUAUGCCUGAUGCAGACACAUGCAGAACAGGUAUGAUCAGUUCUAAAGAAGAGGCAUUACAACUGAAGGUUCUGCUGGAAAGGCCUGUAAAAAGUAGUCCGGAGAAAGCCAAUUUCUUUGACUUUGUCACCAACAGUGACCAGAAUGCUUUCUUUCAGAGGAUGAGAGAAAGGUGUGUCAAACUCAGAAGUGCUCCUUUAUUUCCCCUUACAGCUGCGAAGCACACAAAACCAACUGUCCUGUGACCUCUGAGGCCAAAAUAUUGUGUGUAAAGAUUCGGGCUUUAUUCCAAAAUCUAGAUUAAAGAGGUCUGCAUGUGAAAACCCCUGUGUAAAAAAACAAACAAACAAACAAAAAAGUAGUCCUGGUGUACUUCAAAAACAAGAAGGGGAUUAGACUGUCUGAUUGUCUAAUAUGGAAAAUGAAAUGUUAUGCACUUUAAUUAGCGUUUGAAUAUGUUUUAAAAAAGAAUAAUUCAAAUGCCACACUGUAGGUGAAUGUAUGAAUAAAUGUAGGUGCCUACACACCAUAAACUCUGCAAACUUAGUGAAAGUGACCUUCCAACUUCUACUGUGUCUCAACAUGGCUCCUAUUUUUAUUUUUUUUAUUACAUAGCCUACUGUACAAACUGUGGAGUAGGCCUAUGAGUUGAUAUGGUCAGAUGGCUGUUAGCUGUUAAUUGGUCCUUUUGAAUACAUCUGUUUAUGACAAUGGAGGUUUCACUAUACUUUUUUAACACACCGUGAGCAUUCAAACCAACCUGAUUUCCUUUAAGUGUCUGGUGCAAACUGACCACUAGAUGUCAGACCUGUUUUUUCUUAAAUAGCCGUCUUUUCUUAAAUAGCCAUCUUUUCUCUUCUCCAGUUGCAAUAUACAUGUUGUGUUUCUCUAUCUGUAUUUUUAUUUACUCUUUUGGCAUGUGCGUUAGUGCCAUGUGUGUCAAUGCAAUAACAGCAGAGUCUAAAUGUUUAAUGUAAGCUAAACAUAAAGUUGAAAUGUUCUCUAUAUUUGUGACUUGUCUGUCUUUGCAGAUGUUUUGAUCGUCUGAAAGAAUAUGAAAUGAAUGUUCAAUAAAUAAUAAAAUCAUU